GACAACAGCGAACAGAGAGAGACGAGGAGAGAAGAGGACAUCAGCGUCGCCAUGAGCGCCCUCAAGUUCUGCGGCCAAUGCAACAACAUGCUGUACCCGCAGGAGGACAAGGAGAUGCGCACCCUCCACUACGCCUGCUCAGCCUGCGAGCACAAGGAGGUUGCCACUGAUACAUGCGUGUACAAAAGGGUUCUCCGUAAAUCUGCCGGGGAACCUACAGAUGUCCCAAAAGAUGCAGCAACUGAUCCUACUCUGCCUCGCACCAGAAGUGUUAGAUGCUACAACUGUGGCUACCCAGAAGCUGCCUAUUUUCAGGCCCCGACAAAGGGAGAGCAAGGCCUGACGCUGUACUUCAUCUGCUGCAGCCCUACCUGUGGUCACAGGUGGAGGGACUGACCACAGAACAAAGUGCUAUUUCCUGGCACUGAGACUUGACUGGCCAUGUGUUGUUCACCUUAACUUUGUAGCUUGUGGUAUCUAGGUUCCGAAGUUUCAUAUGACUUGGCUGAUGUGAGUAUAAUGUUUCUGGGCUCGUCCUCUUCAAUCUUUAUACUGCAGAGGGGCACAACUUCAGAAUUGA